UGAAAGUUCUUUGUACACUCUCCAGGUCUGCAAUGUCGCCAGCCUUGAAGGGGGCCGUUAGUGUACAUCGGUAUUCCAGCCUAGAGAGAACGAGCGAUUUGAAGAGAAUCAUCAUGGGCUUGACGUCCCUAGACGGCGCCCACCUCAGCAGGCCAGAAGCUCUUUUGCAGACAAGGCCUUACACCAGCAGCUCUCUCUCUUCUACGCUGUGGAUGGAUCCUGGGAUGAGUAAUGGGUCAGUGGUGACGCCAUUGGUAGAAGAGGUAGUGAUGAUACCUAAGGAAGUACUGAAGAGGAUCACACGAGACUCACAACUGAAUGAUAAUGAUGAUAAAGAUAAUGAGACUCCCACAAUCCUACACGUUCAGGAGAAGAUGUUAGUGUUUUUAAAAUUGUGA